AACCACUCCCCCAAGUGCUGCAGGCAGUACAUUUUUUACAAUACGGACCAUAAUCCUCAUCAAAAAUAAAAAAGAAAAGACAAUGGUGCAAGGCUCCCUGAAAAAGAAGGCCGGAACGGGCCCGAAACGACCCCGUGCUCUAGGCCCAAAGCCAGGUCCGAGACAGAUUGCUCCUAAGAAGCAAUCGUUGAUUAAGCAGCAGAAGAUGACUAAGAAACUUACGGCUGGGUUGGUCUCGAAGACGGAGCGGAAUCUUGCGCAGAAGGCGGGACAUUUGGAGUUGCUUGCUGGGGGGAAGAAGGAUAAGAAGAAAGAGAAUGGGAAUAAGGGUGGGAAAUAAUUGUUUGGAACAUGGGGUGGUGGAUGGAUUCUUUCACAAUUUUCUGGGCUUUCUGGGCAUGUUUCUUCCUCCUCGGACAAAUAGAGAUGGGUGGUGUGAGAUUUUGGGAAGACGAUGGUUGGCUGGGGUUUUGUUCGAUAGUAUACUAUAGCGAUAUGAGUAAUGAUAUUAUAGAUACCCUAUUGAACUGCGGUUGAGUCCUGUGAAGCAUGUAGAAGAAGAGUAUGUCUAU